AUGUCGCGACCGCGUGCAAUAGCCCCACCACCUCCAAACCGUCCACUGCCACCGAUCCCUACAGCAGAGGAGGAAGCGGCGGCAGCAGCUUUGCAACACCGACGGCCUUCAGUGACCAAGACAGCAACAACGGUAAAUGCAACCAUUAUGAGUUCCACUACAAAGACAUCACAAAAUCGUCGCGUGGUCCCACGAAUGGGCACUCGCAGUCAUCCGCGUGGAAGCCAGCCUUCAACCUCCACUAUCUGUGAUGUCAACGAACAAGUUACCGUCUCCCUUCUAUCAUCUUCUUCGCCAUCUUCCUCCUCUUCCUCCUCAUCUGGCUGUGAAGAUGCCAUAAUUGAAUCUCGUCAAAGGUCAUCAGACGACUAUAUGAAAAUCACCUCGCAGUCCUGCCUCAUCAAUUUGGAGGCAGGUUAUCAGGAUUCCGACGAUGGCUACACCUCAUUGAAUGCGUUGGAUAGUCUAAAGGAUCCACACCACCACCAUCAUCGUCACAAUCAUCAGCCUUCGCGUAAUCCCAUUCAGACGGAGAAGACUUCCAAAACCCAGGAAUCCAGACGUCCGCACUCCAUCGCUUCCUCACUUACCUCAUCGUCCUCCUUCGAUGACGAAAGCACUCUCGUCUGCACAUAUGGUAAGGACUCAGACCUCCCGCUGGAUGGGAUGUACCGUCUGAAGGUUAAAUCAACCACGUCCACCACCGCCGCCAUCCAGUUCCACGGGAACAAACGUCUGGUACGCAAGUAUCGAAUGAAACGGCGGGAGGGUGUGGAGGCACCUCCAAAAACUGUUUCUUUGGACCGAGAGCAGAAGAAACAUUACCAUCAACAGGAUAGACUAAGACGUGGAGGAGGGGGCGGUGACGGCAACGACGACGGCGACGACGAGGAGGACAAGGAAAGUUACAUUUUCGCUUAUGUACAUAUGACGAACGUUGUUCUCAACGCUUCUCGUGAAUGCUUGACCUCUUUGGCCGUGGAAGAUCUUCCAGUGGAUAGGGAAGUUCGAACCGCGGGGAGUGAUUCACCGCGAUUGUGCGAUGUUGACGCCUAG